AUGUUACUAUCCACAUUAACGAUCAACACUUCAAGACGAUUUGCAAAUCGUAUUAAGUUGAAAUGCGAUUUAAAGCAUGCUGAGAAGGUAGCUUCUUUCCGUGUUUCCGGGCUUUUAAGCUCAACGAGCCAGCUGCCAUAUUCCACGUCUGGCGGAUUAGACCGGUGGGAUGAGGGGCUUCCAUCUGAAUUCGGCAACACUCCACCCAAAGAUGCUCGUGUGGUCAUUUGUGGUGGAGGUAUUAUGGGUGCUGCGGUAGCAUAUCAGCUUGCACAAAGAGGCUGGGGUCAACAUACCGUUCUAAUAGAAAGAGGUCGAAUUGGCGAAGGAAAUCCAUGGCAUUUCAGCGGUCUUUUGGGCGAACUAAAACCUACGCACUCACAAGUUUUGCUUGCUCAAACUUCGCUUGAAUUAAUUCGAGAUCUACAUGCAAAAGGUCUUCCGACGGGAUGGAAACAAACAGGAUCACUAAAUCUAGCCCGCACACGCGAUCGAAUGACUAUGUUUCGGCGCAUGAAAUCUCAAAGCGUCGCUUGGAAUGUCGAGUGUGAAAUUGUUACGCCAGAAAAAUGCAAAGAGCUUUGCCCCUUGAUCGACAUCUCUGAUGUCGUUGGUGGAUUAUGGAUUCCUAACGAUGGUGUCGGAAAUCCGAAUGCUUUUUGCCACAGCUUGGUGCAAGAAUCUUUAGAGAAAGGCGUAACUGUCGCAGAAAACUGUUCUGUAAUGAGAAUUAUACAAAAGAAUGGACGUGUCAAUGCGGUUGAAACGACCAAAGGUACCGUGGAGUGCGUGUACUUUGUAAAUUGUGCCGGAUUCUGGGCCCGAAAGGUGGGACAAAUGUCUGAACCGUACGUGAAAGUACCACUUCAUGCCGCGGAACAUUACUACCUGCAUACGAAACCCAUCCCCGGGCUUGGUGAAAGCUUUCCAGUCGUUCGAGAUCUAGAUGGACAUAUUUAUUUACGUGAAAAUGAGGGAUGUUUGCUAGCAGGUGGAUUCGAAGCAAAAGCAAAACCCGCAUACGAAGAUGGCGAAAUUCCGGUUUCUACUGCGGAGAGAAAAUUGCUUCCCGAUUGGGAUCAUUUUCAUCCACUUCUUGAAGAGGUUUUACGUCGCUGUCCAACGCUAAAGGAUGUCGCUUUAGAACGGUUGUCCAAUUGCCCAGAGGCGUUUUCACCGGAUUGCAAAUGGAUCAUCGGCGAAGCACCAGAAAUACAAAAUUAUCUGGUUGCGGCUGGAAUGAAAACCGUUGGAAUGUCUGCGGCCGGGGGUGUAGGGCGAGCGAUAGCGGAUAUCAUUACGCAAGGAUAUUCUACGGUGGAUUUGCAUGAGCUCGAUAUAUCUCGAUUCUUGGGAUUACACAAUAACAGGAAGUUUUUACGUGAUCGCGUACGGGAAGUACCUGGCCUCCAUUAUGAUCUUAGUUAUCCUUUUCACGAAUUUCGAACCGGACGGAACCUGCGAAUGUCUCCAAUUUUUCCGGCGCUCAAAGAGGCCGGGGCUGUGUUUAGUCAGGUAAUGGGCUACGAACGCCCUGCUUGGUUUGAUAAGAAAAAUUCGUACGAUGAAAAGGGUAGCCCAAAGUUUCGCAUUGCUACGACGAAUGGAUUUGGAAAACCGCAUUGGUUCGAACACGUGCAGAGCGAGUACGAGAAUUGUCGCGAAAGAAUUGGAAUGAGUGAUUACAGCACCUUUACCAAGAUUGAUCUGUGGUCAAAAGGCGGUGAAGUAGUGGAUUUGCUACAAUAUCUUUGUUCGAAUGACGUGAACCAACCGGUUGGGUCUAUAAUUCACACCGGCAUGCACAACCGUCACGGUGGAUAUGAAAAUGAUUGCUCUUUAGCUCGAUUAUCAGAGAAUCAUUAUAUGAUGAUCGCACCGACGGUACAGCAGGCACGUUGCAAAGCAUGGAUCGAAAGGCAUCUGCCUCCGGGAGGAAGAGUUAGUGUAUCGGAUGUUACAUCGAUGUACACUGCGAUCUGCAUCAUGGGACCGUUUACUCGCAUCAUGCUUUCCGAGCUAACGGAUACUGAUCUAUCACCAAAAAAUUUCCCAUUUUUCACCUGCAAGGAAUUGGAUGUCGGACUCGCAAAUGGAAUUCGAGCUUUGAAUCUUACACACACCGGUGAGCUGGGCUACGUUCUGUAUAUACCGAAUGAGUUUGCAUUACACGUGUACACGAAGCUGAUGGAGGCUGGUCAGAAGUAUGGAAUACGACAUUGUGGCUACUAUGCUAUGCGAACUCUGCGAGUAGAAAAGUUUUUUGCAUUUUGGGGUCAGGAUUUGGACACGUUUACAACGCCACUAGAGUGUGGCCGUAUGUGGCGUGUAAAGUUUGACAAAGGAGUAGAUUUCAUUGGCAAAGAUGCUCUGCUUCAGCAGCGAGAAAAGGGUGUGGAGCGGAUGUACAUACAGUUGCUCAUUAAUGAUCAUGAUCCGGAUCUAGAUCUCUGGAGUUGGGGUGGUGAACCCAUAUAUCGUGAUGGGGUCUAUUGUGGUCAAACUACAACGACAGCAUAUGGGUUCACUUUCAAAAAACAGAUUUGUUUGGGCUUUGUGAAAAAUUUACACCCAAGUGGACGGGCGCUUCCAGUAACGAAUGACUAUGUUUUGAGUGGAGAUUACGAGGUGGAAAUAGCCGGUAUACGAUACCCUGCAAAAGCCAAUCUUCACUCUCCAAAUUUGCCGACCAAGUAUCCGGACCAAGAACGUGAAGCAUACAAAGCCACACGUGAUAAAACUGAUGAAUCGAAUCUUUUGGCCUAUCGACCAAACAAAGAAUAGUUUCUUUUUUACUAUGCGUGACGGCAUAUCCGUUAAAUUUACGAACAAUUAAACGGAAAAUGCGUGGAAUGUUGCAUUUGU